AUGAGUCGUGCUGAAGUCGAUUUACAAACAAGUGUCAAGAAAGCUUGUAACAGUGAUGAAGUCCCACCAAAGAGAAAACAUGUUAGAGCAUGUAUCGUUUAUACCUGGGAUCAUAAAAAUUCCCGUGCAUUUUGGAAUGCAGUCAAGAUCCAACCAUUGCAAAGUAAUGAAGUUCAAUUAUUUAAAGCAUUGAUUAUGAUUCAUAAAGUUUUACAAGAAGGUCACCCAAAUACUUUGAAAGAUGGUUAUAGAAAUCGUGAUUUCAUUGCUUCUUUAGCUACUGUGUUUCCAAGUCAGGGUUCUUCUUAUGGUAGAUUGAUUAAUCAAUAUGAUAAAUAUAUUCUUCAAAAAUUGGAUUUCCAUCGUAACAAUCCCGGAUUUAACGGUACUUUCGAAUAUGAAGAAUAUAUAUCAUUAAGAACCGUAAGUGAUCCAAAUGAAGGUUAUGAGGCAUUAUUACAAUUGAUGGAUCUUCAAGACCUGAUUAAUGAUUUGCAGAAACUUGUUUUUGCAACUAUUAACCAAAGUCGUAGUAAUUUAUGUAAAGUUAGUGCAUUGGUGCCAUUGAUUGCUGAAUCAUAUGGUAUUUAUAAAUUCUGUAUUUCUAUGCUUAGAGCAAUGUAUCAACAAUUGGGAGAAGAUGAUGCAUUGACAGGUUUGGUUGAACGUUUUGAUACUCAGCAUUUUAUGCUUAGAGAUUUUUACACUGAUUGUCAUGCCAUUAAAUUUUUGACUAGUUUGGUUACCAUUCCAAGAUUACCAAAUAGUGCACCAAAUGUUAAAAUUACUGAUGAUGGUCAAGAAAUUAGUAGACCAGUUUCAAUUAACCAAAGUGAUCGUAGUGUUACUCCGCAGCAAAUCUCAUCUGAACCAACGCAAGAUUUUGCUCCACCUCCAAACCCACCACCAGUUGAACAAUUGAUUACUCAACAAACUGGGUACUUGUACCAACAACAGCAAGAACAAGAAAGAAUUCAACAACAAUUGGAAUUACAACGUCAGCAACAACUUCAACAACAACAAGAGCAACAAAGACUUUUUGAACAACAACAACAAGAGCAAGAAGCAAGAUUUUUGCAAGAACAACAAGCUCUUCAGAUGCAACAAACUCAACAACAGCAAGGAAGAGUUUCAGAAUUGGAACAUGAUUUAUUGAUGUUUAAAAACCAAUAUGAUAAUGAUCAACAACUUUUACAACAAUAUGAUUCUAGAGUUAGAAGUUUGGAAAAUGAAAUGACUGCCAUCAAUAGUACAGCAACUCAACAAAUUGCUUCUAAAGAUGAACAAAUUAAAAACUUGGAUGAUCAAAUUAGUAAUUGGACUAAAAAAUAUGAAUCUCUUGCCAAGUUGUAUUCUCAAUUACGUCAAGAACAUUUGAACUUGUUGGCCAAAUUCAAAAAGAUUCAACAAAAAAUCAGCUCUGCUCAAGAAUCUAUAUUGAAGAAGGAAAAACUUGAAAAAGAUUUGAAAGCCAAGAAUGUUGAAUUGGCAGAUUUGAUUAGAGAAAGAGAUAGGGCAAGAUUGGAUUUGGAUAGAUUAAGAGCUAGUAAAGACCAAGAUAUCGAAAAACUUGAAGCCGAGGUUAGAGAAUUGAAUAUGUCAGCACAAGAAUCUGGAAAAUUACAAAACUUGAAUCUUUCUUCAAUUAUGGCUAAACAUGAAGCUGAAUUGGAUAAAUUAAAGAAUCAAUUGGCUGAUAGAGAAUUGAAAUUGGGAUCAUUGGGUGGCUCAGAAGAAUUGCAAAAUAAAUUGAAAGAAACUGAAAUUGAAUUACAAAUCACUAAUGAAUCAUUAGAUAAUGCACUUGCAGAGUUGCAUCGUACCAAAGAAGAUCAAGAUGAUAUCAUUAAUGCUCAAAUUGAUCAUAUUUUACUUUCUAAUGUUGAGAAAUUUAAGAAUCUUAUUGAUAUAUUCUUGGAAAAUAAUAUUAAAAGUGUAUUGGACACAAAACAUGAAUUGACAACCACAAUUCAAGCCGGUAACUUGAAUUCAACCCCUGAAUACUUGUUGUCUAUUCUUGAAAUGUGUUCUGAUACUGCUACUGAUUUUGCCACCACCUUCAAUGGAUAUAUUGCAGAAGAUAGAAAUGAAGAUGAAUCUAAUUUCUCAGAUAUCAUUUUAUCAAGUUCUAGAUUAACUGCUUCGAUUAAUGAUGUUAUGUUGAAUGCAAAAGGUCUUUCCAGCAGUAUUCCAGCUACACAAGAAGUUAAAAUUUUGGAAUUGACUAAUGAUGUGUUGGAUGAAACGGUUAUUUAUUUCCAAAGUUUGAAAUCUGAAUCAUUGAAUAAAUAUAAAGAUGUUGAAGACAAGAUUGACGCAGUUAUCGAUGGUAAUUUUGAGCUUCAAACUAUUUUGAAGAAUUUAAUCCAAUUUGUUGAAACUUUGAGAUCAGAUACCGGUAUUAUGAAAUUCAAGGGUAAUUUGGAAGAUUUGGUUAAUGAUGAAAUGGCUCAAACAGCACAAACUAUUAGUUUAGCAAGUCAAUUCUUGAAUGAUUUAAUGAGUAAUGCCAAUAUUUAUGGAGGUAAUUUAGAAGUUCAUGAAAUGUUGUUGGCAUCAGCUAAACUUGUCACAGAAGCUGUUGAAGGGUUAAUUAAGGCAUCUGUUGAAUCCCAAAAAGAAAUUGUUGCCAAAGGUAAAGGUACUCAAUCAGUUACUGAUUUCUAUAAGAAAAAUAGUAGAUGGACCGAAGGUUUAAUUAGUGCAUCUAAAGCUGUUGCUGGAGCUACUAAUGUUUUAAUUCAUACUGCAGAUGGUGUACUUAAACAAAGUAAUUCUCAUGAAGAAUUGAUUGUUGCCUCUAAAGAAGUUGCUGCAUCGACUGCUCAAUUGGUUGCUGCUUCUAGAGUUAAAGCUAAUUUUGUUUCUAAAGCUCAAGAUAAUUUAGAAGAUUCAUCAGGAAAUGUUACUCGAGCAUGUAAAUCAUUAGUUGAUAAAGUUCAAAGUUUGUUAACUAAAGAAAAUGAAAGAGUUAAUGAUGUUGAUUUAAGUAAAUUAACCCCAUAUGAAGGUAAAACACUUGAAAUGGAACAACAAGUUGAGAUUCUUAAAUUGGAGAAUAGUUUAAUUGCUGCCAGAAAGAGAUUAGGUGAGAUCAGAAAACAUGGAUAUAAAGAUGAUGGAAGUGAUGAUGAAGAGUAG